ACAUAUAUACAAAUAAAUACAUUUUCAAAUGAUGGCAGUGGAAGGUUUUCCUGGAGAAUGAAGUGCGGUUUGGUUUCCUUGUCAACGGAAGAUGAAGUGAACAACUGAACAUCUCCCCAGUGCAGAUUUAAAGCCAAGUGAUCCAACCAUGACUGGCAAAACGCAGACCAGCAAUGUCACCAAUAAGAACGACCCAAAGUCCAUCAACUCCAGAGUCUUCAUCGGUAAUCUGAACACAGCUAUUGUCAAAAAAGGUGACAUCGAAGCAAUCUUUGCAAAGUAUGGGAAAAUAGUGGGCUGCUCGGUGCACAAAGGCUACGCGUUCGUGCAGUACAUGAGCGAGAGGCACGCGAGGGCUGCGGUGGCAGGAGAGAAUGCCAGGAUCAUUGCAGGGCAGCCACUAGAUAUCAACAUGGCAGGAGAACCAAAACCAUACAGACCAAAACCUGGCAACAAACGGCCACUUUCAGCACUUUACAGACUUGAAUCAAAGGAGCCUUUCCUGUCCGUUGGUGGUUAUGUCUUUGAUUAUGAUUACUACAGAGAUGAUUUCUACAAUCGGUUGUUUGAUUACCAUGGCCGCGUUCCCCCACCGCCCCGUGCAGUGAUUCCUCUCAAACGUCCCCGUGUGGCUGUGACAACAACUCGUAGAGGCAAAGGGGUUUUCUCCAUGAAGGGAACAUCACGAUCCACUUCAAGUGGGGCUUCUUCCUCAGGAUCCAAAUCACCCACCCGUCUUCCCCUGCCCCUUAUGUGGAGUGAUACUGUCCUUGGAAGCGUCACUGGAAGAGGAAGAGAAAGAUCAGUGAAAUCAGAUGAGUUGCAAACAAUCAAGAAAGAAUUAACUCAAAUCAAAACGAAGAUUGACUCCUUGCUAGGGAGACUGGAAAAGAUUGAAAAGCAGCAAAAAGCUGAAGCAGAAGCCCAAAAGAAACAAAUGGAAGAUAAUGCUGAUUUGAUUCAAGAGGAAUGCAUAUCAGAGAAUGCAGAUAACUCUACGGAAGAGCCAAUUGAAGGAGGGCCAGAUGCAGAUGGGGAUGGAGAAGAUAUGACUGAUGGGAUAGAGGAGGAUUUUGAUGAGGAUGGCAGCAAUGAGCUGUUUCUACAGAUCAAGUGAUGAGAUGUCAUGUGUGAACCCCCUGAAGGCUGAGAAGAGAAACUCUGACUCCCCCACAGAAAAUUGUGAACUUCAGUUUCUUACUGGCUGACAACACCUUUGAUUCAAUUUGUAUGAAACUCAAUUUACUUAUUAAAAUGGACAUUAUUGUUCAAAUAUUAGAAAAUCCAUUUCUUAUAUGUUCUAAGCUGUACAAUUGUCAGAUUUUUAUGGUUUAGAUUGUAAAUGUGGUUUUCUCUGGCUAAUUAUUGGUAUUAUUUUUUUAAUUUUGAUGUCUUAAAGGCCAAUGUACUGUAUCAUAAUAAUAUGAAGGACGUAUUUAACAGGUGUGGAAAACACUGUAUACAAAUGUAUAUUUCUAAAAGCUAUUUUUAUGAUUAGCACAUUUUACUGUUUUACCAUAUUUAGAGUCAUUGCACUGCUUUGUUUUCAGCUUAAUUCAAACAAGAUCAUUUUGAUCAGUGCCACAAUUAAAUACAUUGCGUGGUAUUUCUCAUUAUUUUAUUCAAUUUAUUUGUCAUUGGAAAUAAUUACAUUUGGUAGUAGAAUAGCUUCUAAAAAGUGAAAAUGUCAAAGAGAGCAACUUGAUAAACUGUAUAUUGCAUCCUCCUGUAAAUCCCUUUCUUCAGAUAAGCCCUCUCUGUGAUCUAUUCAUCAGACAGUUGUUACAGCUGUUCUUGCAGAUCUCUAAAGGCAGUUUGUUGCUACCAUAUGGAAAGUCAGUCAGCCUCCUGUCUAGCCAGGAAAAUUACUUAUAGCCUGCCAAUAUCUGACAGCCUGAGUUAGCCUACUUAUUACUUUUUGGGUUAUUUUCUGGCAAUAGUCUUUCCACCCACAUACUCCUAAAGCCUUCCUAAAAGUCUGAAGUUGGAAUAACUAAUUAUUGCAGAUGUUGUAGAGGGAACCUCAGUAUAGAAUUUCUUAAUAAAUCAUGUUUCCUUUCAAACA